GGGUUUUCCAGAAGAUUGCAAAGGCCGAGUGUCACUUCAUCAACGGCACCGAGCGGGUGAGGUACUUGGAGAGGCACAUCUACAACCGGGAGCAACUCCUGCACUUCGACAGCGAUGUGGGGGUCUAUGUGGGGGACACCCCGCUUGGGGAGAUCCAGGCCAGGCAUUGGAACAGCCAACAGGAAUAUCUGGAGUACAAACGGUCUGCGGUGGACAGAUGCCAGCACAACUACAAGGGUUUCACCCCGUUCCUGGUGAACCGCAGAGUGCCCCCCGCGUCUCCACCCCGCUGGGGCCACCGAGCUCACGCCCCUCAGCCAAUCCCAGCGC